AGCGAUUCGCUGAAAGAGAUGUCAAACUCACGAUUUUUUACUUGCUGGGUCAUUGUAGAAAAGACUGUAGUGUGUGUGUAACGUGUGUAAUCGACCAUAUUUUGACAUAAACAAAACAGAAAAUCAAGAUUUGAAAACCGUGAAAUAAAGAUCGCGCACAGCGAGACGAUAAAAAUGGAAUGUACCGCAGAGGAGAUCGCUGAAAAAAGGCGAAUAGCUCUGGAACGCUUAAAAGCGAAGAAAGAAGCAUUGGCAAAAGCUAGGGAGUCUGUAACCAAGCCACAAGAUUCGAUGGCUCUAGCUACGUCCAAGAAGAUUUCAACCAAUCCAUACCAAAGUACAAGAACUAUGGCACAUCCAUAUGCCAACAAAAUGCCUUCAACCAGCAUUUCAACCGCUAAAGUAGAUCAACCAGCCUCGAUUCCAGUAAAAGUAAUCAGCUGCAGCUGUUACAUGGUUUCCGAAAGUCGAUUCGAGGUGAACCCAUCCGGAUUCAGUAAUCAAUUGAUCAACAUUUUCAAAACCAUUCCAUCUCGGAGCUACGAUAUGAAAACCAAACUUUGGUCAUUUCACUUGAAUGACUAUAACGUGGUACAGGAGCGUGUCAAUUCGAUGAAUCCGAACGUUGUCAUUGGACAGCUGCCUCCAUACGUACUGCAAAUAUUCGGUGAAUCACCGGCAAAUAUCGAGGUUCCGUUGACGUCACUCGAGAAACGUCUUAACGAGGUGUUGAUGCCGUUUCAAAAAGCCGGAAUUCGUUUUGGAAUCGAAAAGAAAGGCCGUUGUCUGAUUGCCGAUGAAAUGGGAUUGGGGAAAACAUAUCAGGCACUUGCGUUGGCAGACUUUUACAAAGACGAUUGGCCAUUGCUCAUAUGUACGACUGCAAGUACGAGAGAUGCCUGGCAAUCGAAAAUUCAUGAACUUCUGCCUUAUGUGUCGCGUAGUAAUAUUGUUUGUGCGAAAAAUGAGCACGACUAUAUCGACGGUCCAAAAAUCCUGAUAACCAGUUUCAAUUUGAUGGAACGCAUGAACGAAAAAGUUGUGGCCCGAGGAUACGGUUUCGUAAUUUUCGAUGAAUCCCACCUACUGAAGAAUCCAAAGGCGAAAGUAACGGAAGUGGCUCAAAAAUUGGCUGCUAAGGCGAAACGAGUAGUUUUACUAACUGGAACGCCUGCCCUAUCCCGACCACUUGAACUGUUCACUCAAUUGCAGAUGAUUGACAACAGCAUUUUCACAUACAAAAGCUUUACAACUCGUUACUGUGCUGGAAAACAAACGAAGUUCGGAUGGGAUGCUUCCGGUCAGUCCAAUUUGAAUGAGUUGAAUUUGCUGUUGUGUCGAAAAUUCAUGAUACGUCGCACUAAACAGGAUGUACUGACGGAGCUCGGUGAAAAGCACAGGGAAGUUGUGUUACUAGAUCCGGCUCUAAUCUGGACAAGCGAUGACAUUGGGGAAAAUAUGAAGGUUUACGCCAGCGAUUUUUCGAAAAUGAAAGGCCGAGACAAGGAAGAUGUAUUGCUCAAGUUCUAUAACGAAACUGCACACGCCAAAACAACGGCUGUAUGCGCAUACGUUAAAGGACUGAUUGAGGACAAACAAAAGUUCAUCAUCUUCGGUCACCACAUGAUUAUGUUAAAUGCAAUUUCCGACUGUUUGCGUCAAAUGGGUGUCGAUUUCGUACGGAUCGAUGGUACGACAAAGAACGACACUCGGACGAUGCAUGUGAAGAGAUUUCAGGAAAAGAGUUCAUGCCUGGCAGCAGUUCUAUCAAUAAAAGCGUGCAAUUCCGGAAUUACAUUAACUGCAGCGCAAUUGGUAGUAUUCGCAGAAUUAGACUGGAAUCCGAGUACUUUAGCCCAAGCGGAAAGUCGGGCGCAUCGUAUUGGUCAGGAAGGGAACGUUAUGUGUCGCUAUCUAAUGGCGCAAGGUACUGCCGACGAUGUCAUCUGGGAAAUGCUAAAAGCGAAGGAGAAUACUCUCAUCAAGGCUGGUAUUUUCAAUAAAACCUUAUCGGAUUCCACAAAUGCGGCUAGAUCAUCAUCGAGUGUUCCGCUGGACGUUAAAAACAACGAUCAAAUGUUGGCAUCCCAGUCAAGUUUGGAUGAUGCAAUAGCGAAUAUGUGUACAGAUGAUUUGAUGGCACAAUGCAGUAAUGGAAAUUCAGGACAAACGGCAACAAAGAUAGAAGAAAAAGAGAAUACAAAUGGGAAAGAUAAUCUUCAGCGAUUGCUAGACGAAGACGAUGAUUUGGUGGCACAAUGCAGUAAUGGAAAUUCUGAACAAACGGCAACGAAGAUAGAAGAAAAAGAGAAUAAAAAUGGGAAAGAUAAUCUUCAGCGAUUGCUAGACGAUGACGAAGACGAUGAUUUUCUCGCACUGGAUUAUUGAACAUUCUCCGGCCGUCCCUUGUGAUAUAUUUUGCCAAAUGAAACCAAAAAAUUAGAAAAGAAAUCAAAAUUUCACGUCCACUUUGAAAAUACAAAACGUUCGUAAACAAU